AUGUUCCCGGGAGAAAACUUCAAGCGAAGACUGUUGUUGUGUGCGAAAAUGCUUGUGAACGGUUGGAGAGAGAGUCGUGCCAUGGCAUCGUCGCCGUCACCGUCGCUGGACAGCUUCACGGGUGCGCUGAUGCCUGUUAGCUCGUCACUGGAGAGCGGAUCAAACAACUCGUCGCUGGGCUGCCUGGACCUACCUUCGUCGGUGACGCCCAAGUGUUUUGUGUGCAACGACGAGCUCGAGCGACCUCGCGUCCUGCAUUGUCUGCACUCGUUCUGCUCUGACUGCAUUGAGAAGCUCGUUGAGGCCGACAAGGUGUCGUGUCCCAAGUGCUGCGCCGACACGGUUUUGCCGUCGAGCGGGGUGUCCGGGCUGGUGCCGGAUUACCUGGCCGUCACUGCACUCGAGCCGCCGGUGAUCGACACUAAUGCAGUGUCGUGCACUGGGUGCAAGGGCAAGGAGUCUAACGCCGUCGCACGCUGCUACGAUUGUGCGCACUUCCUUUGCGCCAACUGCGUCAUGGCGCACCAGUACAUGCACUGUUUCGAGGGCCACACCUACUACCUCCUCAACGAACUGCAGAACGGCGCCCCCAAAUUCGAUGAUAUGAAGUUGGACAAGCCCGUGUGGUGUCUAAACCACAAAAAUGAGGCGCUGAAGUACUUCUGCAGGACAUGCAACACUCCGAUUUGCAAAGACUGCACUCUGAUUGAGCACCCCAAGGGGUAUCAUGAGUACGAAAGUCUGGUGAAGGUAUCCUCGUCACAAAUUGAGGAAAUGAGUCGGUUGGUGCAAGAGGCUAAGAUGAAAUUCAGUGACAUGGACACUGCACUGAAGAAUGUGGAUCACGUUUGCGCUAAACUACAGCUGCAAUACCAGAAAGCGCAAGAUGACGUGAACGCGACGUUCGCCUUCGCCGUGUCGGCGCUGGAAGAGCGAAAAAAGGACGUUCUGCGAGAGCUCGAAAGCACUCACAAUUCUAAACAAAAUUCUCUGGCCAACGUGGCCAAGAAAGUGGAAGAAACAGUGCGCAAGAUCCAUCAAGUGGAUGACUUCAUGGAGAAGAUGCUGAAGUUUGCUGCACCAGCUCAUACGCUGAUGUUCAAGAAAGUCAUCGAAUCCAUGCUGAUGAACGCCAUCAAUUUCUGUCCAGACAUUGGACUUCAGAAUGCGAGCGAGCUGGAGUUUGUUUCCAACUACCAGGCGAUUCAGACAGGCGUGCAGAAUACGUUUGGGUACAUCAGGUCCAGUCCGGAUAUUCAGUUGGGUACCAACAAACAGCCUCCGAUCGCGAGACCCGCGAAUGGAUUCAUCUCUGUGAGCAACAACGCGUUUUCCUCCUUCAACUCGGGUCCGUUCUCCAUCUCCAACUCUAUUUGCGAUCAGAGAUCGUAUGGAAACGGGCACGUGUCGCCGUUCGACACGGGCUUGCAACUGCCGCCGAAGCGCUACAACGGCUUGUCUGCCUUCUCGACACUGGGCGAGAGUCUGCUCAACGGCAGCGGAGGAAAUUCCUACGAAAAGUGGUCGAAUGGCGGCAGCAACACCGACACCCUGUUUCCGGCCUUCAGCGACUCGUCGUCGCCGCUGACGCAAACCCCGGACCCGGUGUUGGACCUGGGCACGAAGCUCAUCACGGCACCCAUGUACCCGCCCAAGUCGCACAUGAAGCGGCAGAAAAUGAUCUAUCAUUGCAAGUUUGGCGAGUUUGGGGUGAUGGAGGGCCAGUUCACGGAGCCCAGCGGGGUGGCUGUGAACAAGCAGAGCGACAUCAUCGUGGCGGAUACCAACAAUCACAGGAUCCAGAUUUUCGACAAGGAAGGUCGAUUCAAGUUCCAGUUUGGGGAAUGCGGGAAACGUGAUGGGCAACUGUUGUAUCCGAACCGCGUCGCUGUUGUCCAGAAGACCGGUGACAUCGUCGUCACGGAACGGUCCCCUACGCAUCAGAUCCAAAUCUACACGCAGUAUGGACAGUUCGUGCGCAAGUUCGGAGCGAAUAUCCUGCAACACCCGCGCGGCGUGACCGUCGACUCGAACAGCAACAUAAUCGUCGUCGAGUGCAAAGUGAUGCGUGUCAUCAUCUUCGACAUCCUGGGCAACGUGUUGCACAAGUUUGGCUGCUCCAAGCACCUCGAGUUCCCCAACGGGGUCGUGGUCAACGAUCGCGAAGAGAUCUUCAUCUCUGACAACCGCGCGCACUGCGUGAAGGUGUUCAGCUUCGACGGCGCCUUUUUGCGUCAAAUCGGCGGCGAAGGCAUCACCAACUAUCCCAUAGGGGUCGGCAUCAACGCCGCCGGCGAGAUCCUCGUGGCUGACAAUCACAACAACUUCAACCUUACCAUCUUCACGCAGGACGGCCAGUGCAUCUCUGCACUCGAGUCCAAGGUGAAGCACGCGCAGUGCUUCGACGUGGCACUCAUGAACGACGGCUCGGUUGUGUUGGCUAGCAAGGACUACCGUCUGUACGUGUAUCGUUAUGCCCAAGCCCCGCCGGUCCCGCUUUGCCUGUAAGUCCCCUUCAUCAUGCAGGGUAUCUUGCUCCCCGAAACACCCUGGGGAGAGGAGAAAAAAGAAAGAAACUACGUAUUUAUUUCGUUUUUUGCCGGCGAAAUCCAUCGAGGAACAGGGAAAUAAGUUUGAGUGCUUGUUGGCACCGUCCGCAGCUGCGUCGUUAACGUGUCUCUGUGUUUUUUGCCAGCGUCAGUCCCCUUGGACCCCCCUGUUUGUUUGCGAGAUUUUCGGGAAUGUCUCAGGUAAACGUUGCGAUUAUUUUCCGGAAGAGGUGAGCAUUUUCGUCGUGGCAUCGGGAGCGAGUGAGAACGCUUUUUUUCCGCACAGCUGAUGUCAUACCCUCCUUCCUCUCCAUUCAUAUACUGUAUACAUCUUUUCCUGACAACCUCUCGAGUCAUUUUAAUUUUUGAAACGUUCUUUUUUGUAAAUGCGCGGUGCAAGGUGGAAGAGGAGGAGAUAAAUUUCGUUGUUUUUCACGGAAUAUUUCGUUUUGCAUGUGCCAGAAUUCGCUUCGUGGAGAAGGGAGAGAAUGUGUGAGGGAGAUAGCAGGCAUGUGAGAGGGGGAUAGAAGUUGCUGGUCUAGCGGUAAAUUUUUUGAUUUUGCAUUUAGUCGAGAGCGAAAACUACGUGCUUUUGAAUCUUGAUGACUGGUCGAGGUUUUAAGUUGCGAACGAAGUUCCGUGUGGGUAUUCUAAGUUCUAUUUUGUGUUGAAAGAGUCACGCGGCAUUGAUUUUUUUUUUUCGAGCGAUGAUUGUUUUUUUUCACAUGAGGAUUGCUAGUCAAGGAUGGAUUCGAGUGUUAUAAUUUUUUCGGAAUAACUUGCGUUUUGAUUGUAGCAGUGACGACGAGCAACCGCCGAUGAGAGCGAGAGAACGAGAGGGAGAGAAAGAAUAUCAAGUUCGGAAGUUGAAUUUUUUUUUUUUUUUUUUUGCGUCGUUGAACAAGUUGAAAGAAUCGAGUCAGUUAUCGCCGAAUUUUUGGGUCUUUGAGCUAUUGAACUAAAAACAAAACUUUUUAGUUACCGUGGAGGUUAUCCUACGUUUUGAGUUCCCGAGAGAUCUCUCAAGAAAGUUGCGCGUUCGAAUCGUCUCUGCGGAAAAAAGAAAUUUUUUAUUGAUGUUGAAGUGAUUUCCCUGGGGAGCAGCGGCGCUGGUGAUGGGUUAUUUUUGUUUGUGUCCCUCCCCGGGUUAAAAGCCUUUCGAAGAACGGUUUUUUUUUCUUUCUUUUUUUGAAUCUCGGGAUCGUUGAAUACUCGCACGGUUCGAUCAGCUGGCAUUCGGGUCGGAUUUUAGUGAGCAGUCUUCAUUCCAGAGUUGGUUUUUUUUUUGUCUCUUGUUAGCCGGGGCGGUGAGGCGGAGUUGUUUCUUGUGCGGUUGUUCGAGGGAUACUUGUAUUUUUUGCGAAAAAACAUGGUUGAUGGGACGAACUCGCGGCUUUCCUCUUUGAUUUCCGAGUGCUUCCAGGAAAAAUUUUUGGCGAAGUGGGGAAGAGUGAUCUUUUUUGAGUUGUGUCCUCGUGGUUAUUUGCUCACGUUGUCCGGAAGGAGAGAACACUUCAGGGUUUUCCGAUCGUUCCCGCAUUUAGCGUCUUCCCACACGCAGUUUCCUCGGUUCCCGAACAAAAGCAAACCAAGUUUAAAGGGAAAAAAGGAAGGUUUUUCAAGGAAUCCAAUGCCGUUUGUUCGUUCUGAAGCUGAGUGUACGUAAUUUGGGUCUCGGUGUCGUGAUUUUUGUGCGUAGGGCUGGCCGCCAGUAUUAGCGACUCGGUUUUUUUGAGAGAGAAAUUGCCCUGUUGGUUUCCGGACCGUAGUGCUCAAGUCAAAGACGUCCCCCGCCCGUUUAUAUUUUCAACAACCACGUGCACCGAGCAAAACGAAAAGAAAAAUUGAUUAGUUGAACGGAAGCACAAGGUUCUCCGUGUCUUUGAAACAAAAGAAGCGUCAACGUGAUUUCCGCUCAGGCGAGGUGAGUGUAUUUGCGUGCGUGCUUUUUAUUUUUACCACCCCCCCCC